AGGAAGUGAACCCAAAAACAAUAUUUGGUGCGUUUGAAAAAGUGCAGUCUAAACGCACCGGCACCAAUUGAAAAAUGCAAGGAUGUUGCGACUUCACCCCAGAACCAGACCAAGACUACCGAACUAUAGGUGUAAAAGUGCCCUAAAACUUCGACUCCGAAAAGCGUCCGACUUGACCUCUUCAGACUCAAGUGCCUGAAAUUCCUUGAAUCAUGUUUUAUGAAGACAGCAACUUCCAAGGUCGCUAUUAUGAGUGCACCAGUGAUUGUCCCGAGCUCAACACCCACUUCAGCCACUGCAACUCUGUUCGUGUGGAGAGCGGGGCCUGGGUUCUGUAUGAGAGGCCCAACUACCUGGGCUACCAGUACAUCCUGACCAGGGGGGAGUACCCUGAUUACCAGCGCUGGAUGGGCAUCAACGACAGCAUCAGGUCCUGCCGGAUCGUACGGAACGCGUCUGGUGCGUUCAGGAUUCGUGUCUAUGAGCAUCCUGACUUUAGUGGCCAGAUGUUGGAGUGCACUGAAGAUCUGAAGAACCUGCCUGAACGCUGGCACCUCCUUGAGACUCAUUCUGCCCAGGUGCAGGAUGGCGCCUGGGUCUUCUACGAGCUUCCCAACUACCGCGGACGGCAGUACCUGCUGGAGAGAGGAGAGUACCGCCGCUUCACUGAGUGGGCAGCCAUGAACCCCAAUGUGGGGUCCUUCCGCCGUGUCCUCAACUUUUAGACUGUCUCUCUUUUAGUUCAUGUUUUACAUAUCUGUCCUUUGGUAAUAAAAAAGGAUUGUGCUCAGUA